AUGCCAACGUUGAUUCCGCUGGUGCUGACCGGACUGGAACAGUACCUCCGUCUUCCCCGUUCCGAGCGGCGCAAGACCCAAAAAUUGGGAACUAUCUCUUGCGUUUCGCUCAUCACCAAUAAGAUGAUCGGAACGGGCCUCUUCAGCACGCCUUCCAUCAUCUUCAAGUACUGCGACGGCAACGUGCCGUUGUACCUUGGCUUGUGGGUGCUUGGGGCGUUCAUUAUCUUCAGCGGACUCCUUAUAUAUUUAGAGUUUGCGCUCAAUCUCCCUUUGCAGAACGGUGGUGAAAAGAACUACUUGUUGAGGGUGUUCAAGCUGCCCAAGGGCCUUGCGGGCUGUGUUUACGCAUUUCAGAUGGUUUUCUUGGGCUUCAGCUCGGGCAAUUCCUUUGCAUUCGGAAAAUACAUCUGGUACGCUGUUUCGGGAAACCAGGUGGGCGAUGACGACUGGACUUCUAAGCUUAUCGGUGUGGUUUGCAUCACCGGGUGCAUCUGGCUUCACAUCCAGUUCCCGAACCAGGCCACGCUGCUUUUCAAUUUCUUGGGCAUGUUCAAAAUCGUGAUCUUGAUGCUUAUCAUCGCCAUUGGCUCCCUUGUGGCUAUAGACGUCAUUGGCAUUCCGGAGGCUCCCCCAGCUCAGAAUUUGCAUACGGGUCUUCUGAGCAACUUCUACUCGAUUUCAGUGGCUCUUCUUGAAAUUGUGUACUCGUUCAAGGGCUGGGAAAAUGCCAAUUACGUGCUUUCUGAGAUCGCAGACCCUUACCAUGUUCUUACUAUCGCUGCUCCCAUGGCCGUUCUCCUCGUGACCAUUCUCUACUUCUUGGUGAUCAUCAGCUACCUCAUUGUGAUUCCCAAGGAGGAGCUUUUGAACAGCGGUGUGCUUGUUGCCGGCAUUUUCUUCAACAAAGUGUUUGGAGAGUCUGUCACCUCCAAAAUGCUCCCGCUCAUGAUCGCCUUGCUGACCCUUGGAAACGUCAUGGUGGUGUCGUUUGCCCACUCCAUUGUCAACCAGGAGCUUGCACGCAACAAUUACCUCCCGUUCUCCAAAACGUUCGAAAACCUCAACUACUCUCUUAUCUUGCAUUGGUUCGUCACCGUGGUGAUUCUUGUGGGCCCGCCCAGCGCAGACGUCUACGAAUUCGUCGUCAACUUGUACAUAUAUCCCGGGACGUGGAUCAAUGUGGCCAUCACAGGUGGGCUUGUAUACCUAAAGCUCAAUGCCGAGAAGGAGGGAUGGGGCAGAAUGCGCUACAUCGAAGACUUGGAAAUUAUAGACGGCGAAGGGUUGCCCCUGGAGGUCUCCACCUCCGCAGAUACCGACUUGGACAGCACAUCCAUUCAAUCAUACAACCCGCAAGAACAGGAAUCGGGCUUCACUGAGUUCAACGACCUCAUUCUGAGCCACUCCCACCUCACCACCAAGCACAAGUCGUUUUCGGCGUCGUGGGUGUGUGUUAUUCUAUUCCUUGUUGCCAAUGUCUUUUUGGCUAUUUUGCCCUUCUUUCCCCCUCCCAAGGGUACAGUCAACUCUACUAUUCCAUACUGGUGCUUCCCGGUGGUUGGAACAGGGUGCCUUCUUAUCGGCGCCGUUUUCUACUUUGGACGUGAAAAGUACUAUUUGAAAAAAGGCUGGACCCCUCCUGUCUACGAGGACGAAUACCAAAACUAG